CCAAGAACGCAGAAGAAACCAUGUCGUCGUCGUCUGUGUCGGCGGCCGACAUGGCGGCGGUGAAGACGUCCUCCAACGGGAUGUGGCAGGGCGACGACCCGCUCCACUUCGCCUUCCCGCUGCUCAUCCUCCAAACCCUCCUCAUCCUGCUCCUCAGCCGCAUCCUCGCCUUCCUCCUCCGCCCGCUGCGCCAGCCCAAGGUGAUCGCCGAGAUCGUGGCCGGCAUCCUCCUCGGCCCCUCGGCGCUCGGCCGCAACAAGGCCUACCUCCGCGCCCUCUUCCCUCCAUGGAGCGCGCCGGUGCUCGAGUCCGUGGCCAGCCUCGGCCUCCUCUUCUUCCUCUUCCUCGUCGGCCUCGAGCUGGACCUGCGCUCCGUGCGCCGCAGCGGGCGCCGCGCCUUCGCCAUCGCGGCCGCCGGCAUCUCCCUCCCGUUCGUGUGCGGCGUCGGCGUCUCCUUCGUCAUCCGCCGCGCCAUCCCGGGCGCCGACGAGGCCGGCUACGCGCCCUUCCUCGUCUUCAUGGGCGUCGCGCUCUCCAUCACCGCCUUCCCCGUGCUGGCGCGCAUCCUCGCCGAGCUCAAGCUGCUCACCACCUCCAUCGGCGAGACGGCGCUGGCGGCGGCCGCGUUCAACGACGUGGCGGCCUGGGUGCUGCUGGCGCUCGCCGUCGCCAUCUCCGGGAGCGGCGACGACCGCCGCAGCCCGGUGACCUCCCUCUGGGUGCUCCUCUCGGGCGCGGCCUUCGUGGCGGUAUGGAUGCUCGCCGUGCGGCCGCUCAUGUCGUGGGUGGCGCGGCGGUCGGACGCGGGCGGCGGCGGGGACGCCGUGUGGGUGGCCGCCACCCUCGCCGGCGUCCUGGCCUCUGGGCUCGCCACCGACAUGAUCGGCAUCCACGCCAUCUUCGGCGCCUUCGUCUUCGGGCUCACCGUGCCCAAGGACGGCGCGUUCGCCGGCCGCGUCACGGAGCGGGUGGAGGACCUCGUGUCGGAGCUGCUUUUACCAUUAUACUUCGCGUCCAGCGGCCUGAAGACGGACGUCGCCACCAUCCGCGGCGGCGGCGCGCUGGCCAUGCUGGCGCUCGUGAUCGGCACGGCGUGCGCGGGCAAGAUCGUGGGCACCUUCGCGGUGGCCAUGGCGUGCGGCAUGGGGGCCAAGGAGGCCAUCGUGCUCGGCGUGCUCAUGAACACCAAGGGCCUCGUCGAGCUCAUCGUCCUCAACAUCGGCAGAGAACGCAAGGUGCUGAACGAGGAGACAUUUGCGAUCCUAGUGCUCAUGGCGCUGGUGACCACCUUCAUCACCACGCCGAUGGUCAUGGCCAUCUACAAGCCGGCGCGAGCCGCCGGCCGCCGCCGCCUGCAUCCACGCAAGCUCCACGGACCAACAACCUCUGCGCCCUCCUCCCCGUCCUCCUCCGCCGCCGCCAAUGCCAAGGAGUUGCGCGUGUUGGCCUGCAUCCACGGCGGCCACGACGUGCCGGCGCUCAUCAACCUGAUCGAGACCAUCCGCGGGCACACGCAGCCGCGCCGCCUCGUCAAGCUCUACAUCCUCCGCAUGGUGGAGCUCACCGAGCGCACCUCCUCCAUCCUCAUGGCCCGUGCCGCCCGCCGCAACGGCCUGCCCUUCCUCCGCCCGUCACGCCGCGGCGACGACCAGAUCGACGUGGCCUUCGGCACCUACGCGCAGCUCGGGCACGUCCACGUCCGCCCCAUGACCGCCGUCUCCGCGCUCCACACCAUGCACCAAGACGUCGAAGCCGUCGCCGAGGACAAGCGCGUCUCCCUCAUCAUCGUGCCGUUCCACAAGCGCCAGCUCGCCGGCCACGGCGACGAGGUCGAGAACCUCGGCCCGGAGUGGCGCGCCGUGAACCGCAGAAUCCUGCGCGAGGCGCCAUGCUCCGUGGCCGUCCUCGUCGACAGGGGAUUCGGCGGCGGCGAGCAGGUCAGCUCGGAGCAGGUCGCGCACGGCGUGUGCGUCGUGUUCUUCGGCGGGCCCGACGACCGGGAGGCGCUCGAGCUCGCCGGGAGGAUGGCGGAGCACCCCGGCGUGCAGGUCACGGUGGUGCGCUUCCUCGACGGCAAGGCCGGCCACGAGGAGCACACCGAGGUCACGUUGCGGCCGUCCGAGGCAAAGAACGUGGAGAAGAGCUACACCUUCGCGACCGCCACCGUUAACGGCCACAGGGAGAAGGAACUGGACGAGGCGGCUGUGGUAGAGUUCCAGCAGAAGAUGGGCGCCAUGGUGCGGUUCGAGGAGCGGGUGGCGGCGGGGAACGUGGUGGAGGAGGUGGUGGCCAUCGGCAAGAGCCGGGAGUACGGGCUAGUGGUCGUCGGCAAGGGGCGGCUGCCGUCGGCGAUGGUGGCGGAGCUGGCCGUCCGCCCGGCGGAGCAUCCGGAGCUGGGGCCGAUCGGGGACGCGCUCGCGUCAGCGGGACAUGGCGUGGCGUCGUCGGUGCUCGUGGUGCAGCAGCACGAUAUGAACGCCGACGAGGUGCCGGUGACUGUCGUCCAGAUCGACGGACAUGCCCACGACGGCGAGCUCGGCAAGGACGACAACGUGGCCGUGCCGUAGAUCGAAGCCCGCAAUGUCGCUGACACGUCUGUCACUUUAUUUGUCUCUGUAAUCGACUAGGAUGAUGACGACGAAUUGACGAUGACAUGAAUUGUGUGUAUGUAGUGAAUUUGGUGUUGCUACUAUGUAAUUUAUCGCUCAAUAAGCAACCCGAUGCGCUGAAUUCUUUU